AUGGCAUCAGAUGGCGCGAAUGGACACAGUGGUGUCGAUACUGGCAAGUACAUCAAGUGGAACGCUGAAGGCGUGGAGAAGAUACCUCCAAAUGAAGCAGAGGAUAUAAAAGCUGUUGCAGACAUGAUAAAUCAGAUGCAGCAGAAGCAGAUCAAUAAUCAUAGACACUGCUACUCAGGUACACAUGCACGUACUCAGGGUAUCGUGAAAGGAAAGUUGAUUGUCAAGGAGCUCCCACAGCACCUGGCACAAACUCUAUUCUCCAAACUCGCAGAGUAUCCUAUCGCCAUGCGAUACUCAACAGAGCCCGGAGAUCCAGGAAUCGAUGAUCGAAUACCUCAGCCUCGUGGUCUAGGUAUGAAGGUCUUCAACGUUCAGGGGGAAAUGUUCGAUGCUGGCAAAGACUUUCCGACCCAGGACAUUGAGUUCAACAAUGCUCCUGCGUUAGAACUUGCAGAUGCGAAGACGACUAGGGAGAUCUUUGAGAUCCGUAUCAAAUACGGAGAUGAUAAGAAAGACCUGUACAAACAACUCGAAGCACGAGACGAUACCGAUCUUCAAAAAGCCCGAGAUCAGCUCCGGAAUACCCAUCUUGAGUCAUUUCGAAUGUACUCGCAGUCUGCGUUCAGAUUUGGUGACUAUGUCGUCAAGUACUCACUCGUACCAUCGGGAGAAACCCAGAAGAAGGCACACGAAGAAACAGUGGAUCCAGACUCGCAUCCGAACAACAUCCUCAGCCAAUGGCUGCAAGAGUUCUAUAGCAAACAUGACGCUGAGUACUUGUUCCAAGUACAAUUCCUCGAGAACCUAGACGAGCAACCUGUCGAAUACGCUGGCACACCUUGGGAUGAUGCUAAAUACCCGUGGCAGACUGUUGCGAAAGUCAUAGUGCCCAAGCAAGAAAGCUUCCUGCCCAGCCGGAAGACGUUCUGGGAAGAGCAUAUUCGGCUGGACCCGUGGCACGGAUUGAAGACUUUCCAACCGCUUGGCUCUUCUAAUAGACUUCGUAGAGGUGUGUAUCCCGCCAGCGCUGGCUUUCGUCACAAGAUGAUAGCCAGGAAAGAAAUCAAUGUCACGAGUAUCGAUCAGAUCCCAGAUGGUGGUUUUGUUACGGGUUGA